UCAUUCUCAUUCUCAUAAAAAGAGACAUAUAUAUACACAUAAUGGGGAGAAGAAAGUGUUCACAUUGUGGUAAGAUAGGACAUAAUUGUAGGACAUGCACAUCCUUCACCCUUGGAGGACUUCGUCUCUUUGGGGUCCAACUAUCAUCUUCCUCCUCCUCAUCAUCAUCUAGUAACAUGAUCAAGAAAAGCUUUAGCAUGGAUACCUUUCCCUCACCAUCAUCUCCAUCUUCCUCAUUCUCUUCAUCAACAUCAUUAACCAAUAUUGAUGAAAAUCAUUAUCAUAAAUCCACUUCUAAUAUUGCUUAUCUAUCAGAUUGUUUUAUAGGUCCACCCCAAGAGAGAAAGAAAGGAGUUCCAUGGACAGAAGAAGAGCACAGAAUGUUCCUUGUUGGAUUAGAGAAGCUAGGAAAAGGAGACUGGAGAGGAAUCUCUAAAAACUUUGUCACUUCAAGAACUCCUACACAAGUUGCUAGCCAUGCUCAAAAAUACUUUCUCAGAUUGGCUACUAUCAACAAGAAGCGACGUUCAAGUCUCUUUGACUUGGUUGGGAGCAAGAAAACCAACACAAAAGACCAAGGGUAUGCUAAUUCAGUAGUAAAUUUGGGUGAUAAAUUUGAGGAUAAGUGUAAAUGUGAAGUUGAAAUUAAUGAUGGCACCACUUUGUCCUACUUUAAACAAGAAGAAGAAGCCAAAUCAGAAAAGCAAGAAAAUACUAAUUACUCUACAACUAAUUGGCUAUAUGACUCUUCAAAUUGUGCAGCAGUGCCUAAUUUGGACCUCACACUUUCAGUUGCAUCCCCUAAUGCUAACAAGACGAAGCUUGAACAGAAUCAACCCUCCCCUGCUGGCUCAUUCCUUCUUGGCCCAAUUAGUGUCACUUAAUUAAUUAAGUACUCUGGAAUUUUUCACAUUCUAUGUUACCAAUUUGUCGUUUUAAUUGCAAAACAUCAGACCCCUUUAAUUUGAAGAUAAAUACACAACAUUCAGCAUCAUAUAAAGCAGUGUUGAUAAUGACUAUCCA